AUGGAAGGAGACUUGGGAACGAUGUUGAUGAAGGUGGUCUUAUUUGCUUUGGUUCAAGGUUUGGUGUAUCUCAUUCUCUCGAAAUCGUCCAAGGUUUUUUCUAAAUCAAAUUCGUUGAAGAGGGCUUACAGUUUCCGGCCAGCGAGGUCCGUCAGCAUCCGCCGGAUUCUGGCGGCUCUUCAGGAUAUUCCUGCCGGUGGCGAGAUAUCUCCUUCCUCUAACGGGUCUUCUUCUUUUUCUUCUGUUCCUUCUACUUCUUCACAAGAUGAAGCGGCAACAACAACAGCUACAUCGUAA